AUGGGUCGUAAAAGAAAGAGUAAAGCUACUGUAGCUAGAGAGCAGAAGGAGAGAAUGAGAAGUAGACGACAAAGCAGUGUUGCCUCUAUAGAGUUGGCACCUCUAGGUGAGGAAGAACUCUUAGCCAGAAGGUUGGCUUCUCCUUGUGAGAAAAAUCCUUCAAAUGCCCAGAGGUUAGAACCUCCUCUGGGAAGCCUGUCUAUCCAAAGCAUGGAUAUGCCACUGAGCUCUGACUCCCCACCGUGGGUUUGUACUCCACCGAGAGUACCCUCACCAAAGCUUGGUGUUGCAGGACAGACGAAACUGGUGGUAGAAACAUCAUUAGAUGUCACCAGUAUAAUUGAAACAAAGCAAAAGGUUCAAGAAUACAAUACUGAAACAAUACUAAGAAUAAACAGUACUGAACCAAAUACUAGAAUAUACAAUACUGAGUCAAAUACUACAAUAUACAAUACUGAAUCAAUACUAGAAAUCAAUACUGAAGAAUGCAAUACUGAAUCUAAACAAGAAAUUAACAAUGAACUAAUGCAAGAAAUGCAAACUGAACCUAUACCAGAUGUAAAAACUAAACCCAAAUCUGUGUACAGAACACAAGAAAUAAAAGACAUAAACAUAUCAACAUUACAAACAGACCAGUCAGAUUGCGAGAUCGAAUCGAAAAUGAGGCUAACAUUAGAAUUUGAUGAACCACCAAAAACAAAAAAAGCAAAGUUAGAAUCUGUAUGUAGUUCAGGCUUUAAAAUGUUGCCUCCUGAUGUUCAUUUAAACAUAGCUUCAGGGAGUGAACAAAGCAAUAAUAUCAAGUCAGUAAAAGUGAAUGGUAGUUCAAAAAAUAAAAUAAAUUUUAUAGGUGGCAAAGUUGUUAUUAGAAACAAUAAACAUUCCUCUGAUUCUUCUCAUUAUAGCAAAAUAAGAUCAAGAAAGCUGAUUCAGGGGAAAACAGAAAAUGAAGAAACUGACCUUAAUUUAGUAGAUCAAGAAGAAACUAGAAAUGAGGUAAGGAAUUUAGAAAAAAGAUAUUCAGUUAAUCAACCAUUUAUGAUGCAAGGUAGUUUCCAUCAAGGUGAUGACCGGUUCAGAAACAAUAGUGGUAAACAAUGUGUAGCAAAUUCGUUAACAGCCAUAGCUUAUAGCAAACUUAGUUUGAUUGAUAAUUGGAAUACGAGUUUCUUGGACAAAAUCUUGAUAGAAGGGAAUAUUUUGUAUACUUGGAUUCAUGGUGAUCAUGAAGAGUUGUUAGUAACAGAAUUGCCAAAAAUGGUGGAAAUAAGAGAUAUGAUUGUUAAGUGUAACCGAAAAGAGUCGAUAUUUGCUUUGAUAGAUAAUACAGGUAAAAUUGAAUUUAAUGUACUUUCUUUGGACCAUGCUCUUCAAGAGGCUCUUAUUGAUUCAGACGGAUGUUUUGUUUGUGUAAAGGGUUUCACUAGUGCCAUUAUUAGACAAAAUGAGAAAAUGUAUUUAUUUGAUUCUCAUGCUAGAAAUUGUUUUGGUUUACAAGACAGCUGUGGUAAAAGCGUUGUUAUUCAGAUUAAUGAUGUGAACAGUUUGUACCAACACUUUUACAAUUUUGUGCAAGGGGAUGUAAAUGCAGAAUUUGAAGUAACAGGAAUCAACAUCGAAAUUCAAGAUGAAGAUUCUGCCACUAACAAUCUUGACAGAUUUAUUGGAAAUAUUAACAAAAGAGAGGUUUUAGAGGAUGAAAACAACUCUGACGUAGAAUUUAUUGGUGUCCCAACUCAAACAUGCUAUUUAUUUAAUCCAAUUGAUUAUUAUACAAAGAGAAAACUUUGUAAUAUUUUAGAUAUUAAAUCCAAAUUUGUUUUGAAAAACCCGCUAAUGCCAACACACAGUAUAGGUACGCCUUUAAAAUCAAAACAAAUCAUUGCAGACGGCAACUGUUUAUUCAGAGCUAUUUCAUAUGCAGUAUCAAACAGGCAAGAAAACUUUAAACAAAUAAGAAAUGAAUUAGUGCGCCACAUCUUGUGUCAUUCACAUCAGUUCAAUUCUUUUCUUGAUUCUGAAACAGUCAAUGAGUAUAUGAAACGUACUAAUAUGAUAGAAGACAAUGUUUGGGGAACUGAGUUGGAAAUUAUAGCUGCUGCUGAUUUAUUAAAAACUGACAUUUUUACAUAUUUAGAAGGUAAAUGGAUUAAAUACUCCUCAAAGCAAAUCUGUAGCAAGAAUAAUGUGAAUGAUCAAGCAAUUUAUCUCAAUAAUGUAGGUAAUCACUAUGAAGUUGUUCUUUCUGUUUUACCUGGUGGUAUAGAAGCGGUAACGUUAAACAGAAAAGGAAGUGUCAAGAAACGAAAUCAAUCUGGUGCAGAGAAAGACCAAAUGAACUUACACUAUGAACUAUCUCAUGAAGGUACAAUGAAGAGAAAAUAUGAACAACAUGAGUUGAAUUUUCCAAAGAAAUGCUUAAAAGAAGAUGAAAAUAGUUUUUGUUUAAUUAAGAAAAAAACUUGUUUGGAAUGGCCAAGUAAAGAUCUAGCUGUCUGUAAACCACGAGCACCAAACCAAGGUUUGACAAAAACUGAAAAAGAAAAAUUUAAGUAUCAGUUGGAUGGUCAGUUUAGAUUCAAUAAAAUAGAAAAGCAAAAUAGGAAGUAUGAACAAGACAGAUCAUACAGGGAAUCAAAGAAAAGAAAAAGUAUUCAAAAGUAUGCAAAUGAUAUAGAACACAACAGUUAUGUCAGAAAAUCAAGCAUUCAGAAAUAUGCUGAUGAUGAUGAUUUCAAAAGUAAAGUCAAACAGGCAAGCAUACAGAAAUAUGCUGAUGAUGAUGAUUUCAAAAGAGAAGUCAAACAGGCAAGCAUACAGAAAUAUGCUGAUGACGAUGAUUUCAAAAGAGAAGUCAAACAGGCAAGCAUACAGAAAUAUGCUGAUGAUGAUGAUUUCAAAAGAGAAGUCAAACGGGCAAGCAUACAGAAAUAUGCUGAUGAUGAUGAUUUCAAAAGAGAAGUCAAACGGGCAAGCAUACAGAAAUAUGCUGAUGAUGAUGAUUUCAAAAGAGAAGUCAAACGGGCAAGCAUACAGAAAUAUGCUGAUGAUGAUGAUUUCAAAAGAGAAGUCAAACGGGCAAGCAUACAGAAAUAUGCUGAUGAUGAUGAUUUCAAAAGAGAAGUCAAAAGGGCAAGCAUACAGAAAUAUGCUGAUGAUGAUGAUUUCAAAAGAGAAGUCAAACGGGCAAGCAUACAGAAAUAUGCUGAUGAUGAUGAUUUCAAAAGAGAAGUCAAACGGGCAAGCAUACAGAAAUAUGCUGAUGAUGAUGAUUUCAAAAGAGAAGUCAAACGGGCAAGCAUACAGAAAUAUGCUGAUGAUGAUGAUUUCAAAAGUAAAGUCAAAGAUCAGAUAUUGACUAGAAGAAAGAAAGCUAAAGAGGACAGUAAUGAUGUUACAAAAGUUAUUGAAAACUUUAGGAAAAAUGUAAGUAAGGGUCCAGAAUUUGUUUGUUCUUGCUGCUUUAGACUGUUAUUCGAAAAUCAAGUUGUACAAUGUAAAAGAGAAUUGUAUAAACCAGGUUGUGGCAAAGAUAUAGCAGACAUAUGUAUUUCUGAGAAGUAUUUACAUAGAUGUUCAGAAGAAUGCAAAGAUGAAUGUUUAUAUCAGGGAGCCAGCAGAGCUACACUUUGGAUUUGUUACACAUGCCAUAGAAAGAUUCUUAAAGGUAAAAUACCUGCUGAAUCUUUUGCUAACAACUUGGCUUUAGAAGAUAUUCCACUAGAACUUAACAGAUUAAAUCAACUAGAACAACAUCUUAUUUCAUUAAAUAUACCUUUCAUGAAAAUUGUUGCUUUACCUAAGGGUGGACAAAAAGCUGUGCAUGGUCCAUGUGUUUGUGUACCAUCAGAUAUUUCAAAGAUCACAACAACUUUGCCUAGAUCAGAAGAUGAUAACUGUUUAGUGAAAGUAAAACUGAAAAGAAAAUUACAGUACAAAGGUUAUGAGGAAUAUCAGUUUGUGGACACUAAACAUUUGGAAGAAGCCUUGUCCUUUUUAAAAGAAAAGAAUGAUUGGUAUUCAAAUGUUGAAAUAAAUGGAGAGUGGUUGAAUCCAAUUCCAUCAUCAGAGGAUAUUUGUGUUGCUGAAAAAAAAGACAAUAAAAGUUAUACAAGACCUGACAGAGUGAAAGAGGAUAACGUGGAGGACAAAUCAGAUAAAAAAGAACAGGAAGAUGCAGUUGAUUCAUAUUUAGAUGAUAGUUUACAGGGUGUACAGUUAGACACAUGCUUACAGCCUGCUGACAUUGCACAGGAAGCAUUGGAUUUAUUGUUUGAUCAAGAGUUUAAUUUAUCGCCUGCAGAAGGAAAUAAUCCAGUCAGUUUACUGAAAGAAAACGGCAUUGAAGCAAAAACCUUUCCAGUGCAUUACCCUACAGGUAAAAACACUUGGAAUGAGGACAGAGAAGAGAAACUAUCUUUAUUAAGAUAUUUUAAUCUGAGAUUAAUGAGUGUCGAAAACAGGUUUGCUAGAGAUACUUCCUACAUAUUCUUUAGCCAGUAUAUGUCUGAACUAGAUAGGGUCAUGUCAAACGUACAGAUAUCUUUACGGAAAGGGUCAGUUUUUUCAGAAGGACAGAAAGUAACAAGUAAAAUGCUGUGCAAUAAGGAGUCAUUAAAUGGAUUAUUUAGAAAAGAUGAAGCAAUCAAGUUCAUGAAGCCUGUCCGAGGAACACCACCAUAUUGGCAAUCUAUUCAGAAGGAUAUUUUUUGUAUGAUUAGACAGUUAGGUAUACCCUCAUUCUUUGCUUCAUUCUCAUCUGCAGAUUUUAGAUGGAAAGAAAUUGUAGAAACCAUACUGAAGCAACAAGGAGAUAUUCGUAAUGUUGACGAUCUUAGUUGGGAUGAAAAAUGUAAAGUCCUUUGUAGUAACCCUGCUACAGUGGCAAGAAUGUUUGAUCACAGAUUUCACAAAUUUCUUAAAGAUGUGAUAAUGUCAGAUGCUGAACCAAUUGGUCAUGUGAUUGACUACUUUUAUAGAGUUGAAUUUCAACAGAGAGGUUCUCCACAUACUCAUUGUGUAUUUUGGAUAGAAGAUGCCCCCAAAUUUGGAGUAGACGAUGAUGAUACUGUAACAAAGUUCAUUGAUAAAUAUAUCUCUUGCAAAUUACCAUUGGAAAGUGAUGACCCAGAGCUAACUGACAUUGUUAAAACUGUUCAACAACAUAGCAAAAACCACUCAAAAAGUUGUCGCAAAAAAGGAACAGAGUGUCGAUUCAAUUUCCCAAGACCACCAUCUGAAAAAACAUUUAUAUCCCGUCCAAUUGAAGACGAGGAGGAUGAGGAACAUGAUGAAGAUGCUGAUGAUAGUAAGAAGUCAGAUUCUGAAAGCAGUAAACCAUCUGAAAAGACAUUUAUACCAUGUCCGAUGAAUCAUGAUGAUGAUCAUCAUCAUGAUAAAAAUACUGAUGGUGAUAUUAAUAAGAAAUCAGAAUCUAAGGGCAGUAUCUUAAAAGCAAAACAGAUUUUAGCAUGUUUAUGGGUUGUAAUUAAAGAGUGUGAAGAUAAAACUUUGACUACCAGUGAAUUAUUUUUGAAAGCCGGAUUGUCUCAAGAGGAUUUUCAAGAAUGUUUUAGAUGGAUAACAAACAGAAAUACUGUAGUAUUGAAGAGAAAUAAAGAUGAGUUGUUUAUUAAUCAGUACAAUCCUCAUCUGCUAAAAUCAUGGAACGCAAACAUGGAUAUUCAGUAUAUUUUGGAUGCCUACUCCUGUGUGGUUUACAUUAUAAGCUAUAUAAGCAAAUCGGAACGUGAACUCGGCUUGUUGCUGCAGCAGACAAAAACUGAGGCAGCUGAUGGAAAUUUGGAUGCACAGCGGACUAUGAAAAAAGUAGGUACAGCAUACUUUCACUUUCGCGAACUCAGUACACAAGAAGCUGUUUUCAGAGUCAUAGGUUUACGUUUGAAAGAGUGUUCAAGAAAAGUGCAAUUCAUUCCACUAGGAGAAAACCCAUGCAGAAUGAGUAUACCCCUCAAAGAACUUCAACAAAAAUCAAAAACAUUAAAGAUGAAGAAGUCUAUAGAUGAUGCCAGUGAUGAUGAUGAUGAUGGUGAUAGUGAUGAUAUUUGGCUGAAAAGUAUUACUGACAGGUAUAAAAAUAGGCCUGAUUUAGAACGAUUUGAUCAGAUGUGUUUAGCAACAUUUUGUUCCGAAUUUUCAGUGUUGGCAGAGACACAGAUACCAAAUAAAAUUAAUGAGGACACUACAUUCAAACUUAAGAAUGAUAUGGGGUAUAUAAGGAAGAGGACAAGGACUUCUGAUGCUGUUAUCAAAUAUGCAAGAUUUUCUGUAGAGUCAGCCCCUGAACAAUACUACCAAAGUAUAUUACAGUUGUUUUUGCCUUACAGAUUAAAUGAACAAUUGAAACCACCACAGUUUUUAUCAUAUGCAGAUUUUUAUAACUCCGGAUUUAUAAAAUACAGUCAGAUGGAAGACCUCAGUUCAGUUCAAAAUAUAGUCAACUUUAACAUGUCAAAAUUUGUGAAGAAAGACAAGGAGCUAGAGAUUGCUGAGAAACAAUUAGAAGAACGAGGAUAUCAAGAGGAUGCAUGGGCACAACUAUGUCCAGAAACAGAGAAAGAAAGACAUGAAUGUAAUGAAGUUGGUGAAAACACAACCACUCAAGAGGUAGAUAGUCCUGAAUUAGGAAUACCAGAUUUGAAUCAAAUUGACAAGUCAACUGAUAAAAAUGAAAUGGUUCAAAAAACUAGUUUUUCAAGGUCUGAAGUUAUACCAUUGUUGAGAACUUUGAAUGAGAAACAAAAGCGCAUAUUUUUUAAGAUCAGAGAGUGGUGCAAUUUAAAAGUGAAUGGUAAGAAUCCACCGCCAUUUCAUGUUUUUGUAACUGGAGGAGCCGGAACAGGCAAAAGCCAUUUGAUUAAAUGCUUGUAUUAUGAGGCCACAAGAAUUCUUGCGCACUGUUCCCCAAAUCCUGAUGAUUUGACUGUGUUGUUAACGGCACCAACUGGCACGGCAGCUUUUAAUAUAAAUGGAUUGACAAUUCACAGUUCACUUUCCAUUUUUAAAGGUUUAUCUGUUGAGAAAGCUAUGCUAGGAGAAGAUAAGCUGAAUAGUUUGAGGUCCAAAUUAGAGAAUUUACAAAUUCUCAUAAUAGAUGAAGUCUCAAUGGUCAACAAAAGGUUGUUAUUUUUUAUUCAUGAAAGGUUGCGUCAAAUUAAGAAAAGGCCUGAGAAGUAUCCUUAUGGAGGAGUUUCAGUGAUAGCAGUGGGUGAUUUUUAUCAAUUACCACCAGUAAAAUCAAAAAGGUCAGAUAAACUUUAUGUUAAUGAUCCAUCAAAUCCUUUGAAUUAUCUUUGGAAUGAUCUUUUUUCUGUUGUGGAAUUAGAUGAAGUCAUGAGACAGAGAGAAGAUAGUUUAUUUGCCCAGUUGUUGAAUAGACUAAGGGUCAAACAGAACAAUUAUCCACUAAAAUGUUCAGAUCAAGAAAUGUUGAAAGAGUGCAUAGAUAGUGGACCAGAUGAAGCUCUGCACAUUUAUGCUACUAAUAAUGAAAUUAACAUGUACAAUAACGAAAUGAUUAUGAAGCUGUCGAGUGAGCCCAAAUUAAUUGAAGCUCAAGAUUUUGAAAAGGAUAAGACAACAGGGAAACUUACGAAGAGAAGACAGAAUUUUGCAAAAACUAAUAUUUGUCUUCCAACAUCAAUCCUGUUAGCAGAAGGAGCUCGUGUGAUGAUGAUAAAAAAUGAAGCAGUCAGUGAUGGUUUGGUGAAUGGUGUUAUGGGUACUGUUCUCAGUAUUUCAGAAUUUUCAAAAGGAGCAUUACCAAAAAAUAUAUAUAUUCAUUUUGAUAAUGAUAGAGUUGGAAAAAAUGCAAAAGUACAGAAGAUAAUAAAUGGAAAAAGAUGUGUUGGAUUAGAACCAUCUACAGAAAUUAUACCAUUCAGUAAUGGAACAAGAAAACAGUAUCCUCUGCAGCUAGCAUGGGCAUGUACUGUUCACAAGGUUCAGGGUUUGACAGUGCAACAGGCAGUUGUCUGCUUGAAUAAAUGUUUUGCUUAUGGUCAGGCAUAUGUUGCAUUGAGUAGAGUUACUUCAAAAAAUGGGCUGACUAUAUUACCAAUUGAUGAUAAAACUUUAAACAAAAAAAUAUACAGUGAUCCUGAUAUAAAGGAGGGAAUCAAAUCCAUGGAUAAUUUUUUGUCUCAAAAUGACACCAUAGUUUCAAAUCAUAAAGCAGGUUUGUCAAUAGUUUACCACAAUAUUCAAGGUCUAAAGGCUCACCAAAAUGAUUUGAAAGCCAAUUCAGACUUCCAAAAUGCAAAUUAUAUCUGUUUGACGGAAACAUGGUUGGAAUCUUGUAGUGAUGAUGUUCACCUUCCUAAUUAUAAACUUCAUCAUUUGCCAAGGUCAGCAGCAUUUGCAUCAAAUAAUCCUUUGUAUGCUUCUUUACAAGAAAUGAGUCAUGGUGGAGUUGGUGUAUAUGUUAAAUUAGAUUCUGAGUAUGAAGAACUUGAUAUAUCUCAAAAAAAUCUUGAAUGUAUAAUUUUCAAAGUUCCAAAAAUGAAUGUUCUAAUUGCUACAAUAUAUAGAACUCAAAAAUACCAAAUUGAGCUAUUUUUAAGGAAUGUUCGUGCUCUUUUGUCAGAAUUGACACAGCUUUCAAGCAGUAUUAUUGUUUUAGGAGACUUUAAUCAAGACAUUAUGAAGGGUGGCAGAUCAAUACAAGAUUUUAUGGCUUCAUUCGGAUUUGAACAGUUAGUACAAGAGGCAACAACAGAGGGUGGUACACUGAUUGACCAUGUUUAUAUCAAAAGUUGUGAAAAAGUACAAGUAAGUGUUAUUCCAACUUAUUACAGUUAUCAUGAUGCAAUAUCUGUCAUUCUGGAAAUAAACCCUACUACUUGA